CACAUUCGAUAGUUCACCGCAUUCACGCAUUCCACAUCCAACUUUAUUUUCUUCAAGUUGUAGAUAAAGUGAGCGGAAAUUUAGUGGAAGACGCGAAAAGUUAGUGGAAAUUUAGGGUGAGGACGUAUAGUCCUCUUUAAUUUUCCACUUUUCUAAAAGAUUUCCUUUUGAUUUUUUCCUAAAAGAAAAUUCGAGAAAAUGUCUUCACUAAACGAGGAUUAUCAAAACUCAGGGAGUAAUCAGAAUCUAUGGACUGUAACGUUGACCAAAACUAACAUAACAGAGAAGAGUGAAAUCAGUAAAGAGGAAAAGCAUGAUGUCAACUAUGAAGAAGCAUUGUCUUUGACAGGAACGGGGAAAUUCCACACAUUACUUGCUCUUGUUAGUGGAUUGACAUUUUUGGCGGCAGGAUUGGAAACCAACCUGAAUGCCUACAUCCUGCCAUCGGCUCAAUGUGACCUCUCCCUCACAUCCGAGCAGAUGGGACUACUCAAUGCUGUUUUCCUUGCUGGUGCCCUGACGAGCAGUUUUCUGUGGGGAGCUUUGGCUGAUAUGAUUGGCAGACGAAAGGUGUUGGUAAGCGGAAUGCUGAUCGAUGGUCUUCUAACUCUCUUCUCCAGUUUGUCUCAGCGAUUCUAUGUUCUCCUCAUAUUCAGAUAUUUCAACGGUUUCAUAGUGGGAGGACCAAGUGCUCUGAUUCUGGCUUAUAUGGGAGAGUUUUUUCCAGAAAGACUGAGAGCCAAAAUGAUUUGCUAUGUAGGCGUUUCAUGGACUCUUUCUUGGGCAAUCAUGCCAGCUAUAGCCUGGAUUGUGAUCCCGAUGCAAUGGUCCUACUCGAUUAACAGUUUCAUCUUCAACUCGUGGCGAUUUCUGAUCGCGAUUGUGGCGCUACCUAGCCUCCUCAGUGCUCUCCUGCUCUCCUUAUUGCCGGAAAGCCCCCGGUUCCUGCUCACACAGGGCAGACAACAGGAGGCGCGUGAUACACUCGCUUCCAUCUACGCUUACAACACUGGCACGUCUACUGACCAAUAUGUGGUCAAAUCAUUGUGGUGUGAAGAAAGGAAAUCGGACAGCUGCUGUCAAAAUGAAUCGAGCAGCUCAGUAUGGCAGGCAAUAAGUGACCUGGCUCAACAAGGUCAGGGUUUGUUCUUGAUGCCAACACUCAAAACUACGACACUCACUUGCACUCUGUUUUUCACAAACAUGUUUGGGUGUAUGCGUUGCUAUGUUUCAGCGUUCCUCAUGUUUGCCUCUGGCUUCUGCGUUCUUGUCAUCUACUUCCUUCAGAACUCCACCCAGAAUCUGAUCGUUUCAGCUUUGUUCCAGUUUUUUAUUGGAACUGCGCACCUUGUCAUCAAUUCACUGAUUGUUGAUAUGUUUCCUCCAAGUAUAAGUGGCAUGGGCGUUUGCUUGACCAUAUUCUCGGGAAGAUUGGGAGCAAUGGUCAGUAAUCUUGUGUUUGGCCAUCUACUGGACAUUAGUUGCGCUGUGCCAAUCCUCUUAGUUGCAGCCGUCAGUUUUGGAGGAGGAUUUCUGAGUCUUCUGAUCCCCAAAUAUCCGUAUUCAGAAGACCAAGACAAAAUUGACCAGUUGAGGAAGUCGGUUGAAGACCGGUAAUGGCCCCUCCUAUAAGUACAGAAAUAAUGAAUCCUAAAACAUUUUGAUAUCAAGAAACUAAACUUUUUACAAUUAUUGCAGAAAUAAUAAAUCCUCUAAUAUUUCGAUAUCAAGAAACUAAACUUUUUACAAUUGCAGAAAUAAGUACAGAAAUAAUAAAUAUUAAAUAAAAAUACCAAGAAAUUGUCAAAAACCACAGAUUUAUUGAUACUUAGAAAGACCGGUUUCGGUUGUUACACCAUUGUCAAUCUCUGAUAAACUCAAACUCAGAGUUUGAAACCGGUCUUUCUAAGUAUCAAUAAAUCUGUGGUUUUUGACAAUUUCUUAGUAUUUUUAUUUAAUAUGAAUAAUUACCACAAUAUCAACUUCUCAACUACACAAAAAGUGAAAUAAUAAAUCCUCUAAUAUUUUGAUAUCAAGAUUCAGUUACAAGAUUUGAUUACAACUGCAGUAACCUUAUCGUAAAUUGGUUUUGUUGCGGAACAAAAUAACCUAUAGAUGUCCACUAGUUUAUAAUAAUUAUUUUCUUGGUUCAUCGUCCUAUUCUGUAAUAUUAGUUGUAAGUAGAUAAAUUUAGUAACAAAAUGAAUUUUCAGAAAAUAAUGUGUUAGUACAAGAACGAACUGGAAAGUGAUGUUACAAUAUGUGAUAAUAAUUACCGUAGCUCAGAGAAAACAGAUACGUAACAAGAGUACAUCAAGUACUUUUGCAUUACAGUUCUACUAGGAUACGAGUAUUUUUUAAAGAUUGAUCAGUUUAAAAGUGAAUGGAUGUAGACUGUAAAAUGAAAUAUAUUUCGUUAAUUUUCGAUAAGGGAGAGCCAUUUUGUUAGAGGGAAAAGCCUUCCAACAUCCAAAGAGAUCAAGACCUGGAAUAUAAUAAGUUCAAAUUUGUUAUUAUUAAGUAUUUAUCAUGACAAUUAUUAUACGGAUUAAACUGUUUGGUUGAUAGGCCAAUUGAUUGAUCGGUUUUAUACAACCUAUCAAACUUAAGUUCGAACUUAUCGAACUAGAUCAUAACUUUAACUAUUGUAAAUCGGUUUUUGAGAGCUGAUACUUUGUUUUAAUAACUUAGCUUUUAUUCAAUUUGUAUAAACUUAGUUGAAAAUAAAUUUUUGUGUAAUAAAAAACAAGUUGAUAAUCA